CUCGCGGCCGGCGGCGCCAUCACCGUCGCCAUCGUCAUCAUGGACCUGGUGGCGGCGGCGGAGCCGGGGCCCGGCCUCCCGCAGCAGCCCGUCCGCGACCAAGUGGCCGAGAAGUGCCAGAAGCUCUUCCUCGAUUUCCUGGAGGAGUUCCAGAGCAGCGAUGGAGAAGUAAAAUACUUGCAAAUGGCAGAAGAGCUGAUUCGUCCAGAGAGGAACACUUUAGUUGUGAGCUUUUUGGACUUGGAAGAAUUUAAUCAGCAGCUGUCUACCACUGUCCAAGAGGAGUUCUACAGGGUUUACCCUUAUCUUUGCCGAGCAUUGAAAAGCUUUGUCAAAGACCGGAAAGAGAUUCCUUUUGCGAAGGAUUUCUAUGUUGCAUUUCAAGACCUGCCUACUAGACACAAAAUUCGAGAGCUGACCGCCGCGAGGAUCGGGUCGCUCACCCGCAUUAGCGGGCAAGUGGUCCGCACCCACCCGGUUCACCCGGAACUGGUGAGCGGAACCUUCCUGUGCCUGGACUGCCAGACGGCCAUCAGAGAUGUGGAGCAGCAGUUUAAGUACACCCAGCCCAGCAUCUGCAGAAACCCCGUGUGCGCCAACAGGAGGCGGUUCCUGCUGGACACCAACAAGUCCAGAUUCGUCGACUUCCAAAAGGUGCGUGUUCAGGAGACUCAAGCCGAGCUCCCUCGGGGGAGUAUCCCCCGCAGCCUGGAGGUGAUCUUGCGAGCAGAAGCUGUGGAGUCGGCCCAGGCCGGGGACCGAUGUGACUUCACGGGGACCCUGAUUGUAGUGCCGGACGUUGCCAAGCUGAGUACCCCAGGAGCACGAGCAGAGACGGAUUCCCGGGUCAGUGGCGUCGAAGGGUAUGAGACCGAGGGCGUUAGAGGACUCCGGGCCCUUGGCGUUCGAGACCUGUCAUACAAGCUGGUCUUCCUUGCCUGUUACGUUGCACCAACUAACCCAAGGUUUGGUGGGAAAGAGCUCCGAGAUGAGGAGCAGACGGCCGAGAGCAUCAAGAACCAAAUGUCUGUGAAGGAGUGGGAGAAAGUAUUUGAAAUGAGCCAAGACAAGAACCUGUACCACAACCUCUGCACCAGCCUCUUCCCUACCAUUCAUGGCAAUGAUGAGGUGAAGCGGGGUGUCCUACUGAUGCUUUUCGGUGGGGUCCCCAAGACCACUGGGGAAGGCACCUCCCUGCGAGGGGAUGUCAACGUGUGCAUCGUCGGUGACCCGAGUACAGCCAAGAGCCAGUUUCUGAAGCAUGUGGAAGAGUUUAGCCCCCGAGCGGUCUACACCAGUGGCAAAGCUUCCAGUGCAGCUGGUCUCACGGCAGCUGUCGUGAGAGAUGAAGAGUCCCACGAGUUUGUCAUUGAAGCUGGAGCAUUGAUGCUAGCCGAUAAUGGAGUGUGCUGCAUCGACGAGUUUGACAAGAUGGACAUGAGGGACCAGGUGGCCAUUCACGAAGCCAUGGAGCAGCAGACUAUCUCCAUCACCAAGGCAGGAGUUAAGGCAACUCUUAAUGCGAGGACGUCAAUUUUGGCAGCAGCAAAUCCAGUGAGCGGACACUACGACCGCUCGAAGUCCCUGAAGCAGAACAUAAACCUGUCCGCUCCUAUCAUGUCACGAUUUGAUCUCUUCUUUAUUCUCGUGGAUGAAUGCAAUGAGGUCACCGAUUACGCCAUUGCCAGACGCAUUGUGGAUCUGCACUCACGAAUAGAGGAGUCCAUUGAUCGUGUUUAUUCGCUCGAUGACAUCAGGAGGUACCUGCUCUUUGCGAGGCAGUUCAAACCCAAGAUCUCUAAAGAGUCGGAGGACUUCAUCGUGGAGCAGUAUAAACGCCUGCGCCAGCGGGACGGCUCUGGGGUGACCAAGUCUUCAUGGCGUAUAACGGUGCGGCAACUGGAGAGCAUGAUCCGUCUCUCUGAGGCAAUGGCCCGGAUGCACUGCUGUGAUGAGGUGCAACCUAAACACGUGAAGGAGGCAUUCCGGCUCCUGAACAAAUCCAUCAUCCGCGUGGAGACGCCAGAUGUCAAUCUAGAUCAAGAGGAGGAGGCCCUGAUGGAGGAAGAGGCCCAAGACGAUGCAAAUGGCCAGGAAGCCGCUCCAGCUGGCGUCAAUGGGUUCGUGAGCGAAGUCAAUGGCCAUCAGGAGGAGCUGCCUGGGGAGGCGGCUCCCAAAGCAUCCCUGAGGCUCGGCUUUUCUGAGUACUGCCGCGUCUCCAACCUCCUUGUGCUGCACCUCAGGAAAGCGGAGGAAGAAGAGGAUGAGUCGGCUCUAAAGAGGAGUGAGCUGGUAAACUGGUAUCUGAAGGAGAUCGAAUCAGAAAUAGACUCUGAAGAGGAGCUCGUAAAGAAAAAGAGAAUCGUAGAGAAAGUCAUUCAUCGGCUCACCCACUACGACCACGUUCUCAUUGAACUCACCCAGGCAGGAUUGCGCGGGGCUGCCGAUGGCGGAAGAGAGAGCUACGAAGACGACCCUUACCUGGUGGUGAACCCCAACUACCUCCUGGAAGAUUGAGCUCUUCGAAAUGGUCGCAGUUGGGAGCAUGGAGGGGUUUGGGGCGAGAGGGGCCUGACAUCCUUCCGGGCGCAAAGAGCCAUGGCAGAUGACCAAAGCAGAGCACCUUGGGUGUGUGUGUUGGAGUCUGGGUUUCUGCCAACCCCACCCUUAGCGGGACGCUGUACUGAUCACAGCAGGGGCCUCACUCAGAGGCCAAGGACCACAGUCUGGACCACCGCUUCUUCCGCUCCGCCGGCCUAGGAUGCCUUUGCCUUGGAUGUUGGUCACGAGGCCCCUGGGGAAACCAGUGGCAGCUUUUUCUAGCUUUUCAUAUAACAAAUAAAACAAUUGGUUGUAAACUUGG